CCUGCACAUGGUAGUGGAGGAAUACAACCAGCUCUGAGGAGCCAGACUAUGCAGGCUUUUCACAUAGCUUCCCUCAAGGCCAGAUGACUCUGCCUGUAGGCCUCAUUGUUUGAUGACAGCAAACCCAUCAAAUGUCAAAAACCGCACACCCCAACUUCUGAUUUUCUAAAUCUAUCCCCUCCCCACCUCUGUUUAACUGCCUGGGGCUUCCUGCUCCUGCUAGUUCAGAUGUCUUAUUAGCCUGUCUGCCCCACUCCCUGCUCCUGCGCCCUCCCCGGUUCUUGGGAGAGGCCCUGCUUCCCAGUCAGUUUCCUGCCCCCCCCCCCCACCUCUCUUUCCUGCCCCACCUCCUGUGUGUGAAUGACCAGAGGCACGGGAAAUCCGUGUGCAGUCAUCGCUGGACUUAAGUCACACACAGCACACUCAGGAACGCCAGAGCUGAGAGUGGCCACCAUACCCCAGUGGAAGAUGCAGCCUGGCUUGCUGGAUGCGUGAGAGUGGGUGACAGUGGGAGACUGCAGCACCUGGGGACACCCUGUGGAACAGACUCUAGGUCCCUGUGACCAUGUUCUCGGAUGAGCGGAAAGACGGGAGCCCCCGCUUUGGGAAGCUUCACUUUCCUGUUGGCCUUUGGAUCAACUCCCCAAAGAAACAUUUUGCCAAGCUGGGACGCAGGUGGCCUAGUGUGGGGUCUGUCAAAUCGACAUCCUCGGAUACAGCCAGCCGUGGAAGUGAGCCUGUGGAGAUGCGCCCGGCCACCAAGAAUAAGGCCAGUCGACAUAAGAGGAUUUCAGCCCUCUUCCAGCGGGGUGGGACUGGCGUGCCCACCAGCGGAGGAAGAGGUCGCUGGGCCAGUGAGAAGAAACUGGCUGAUCUCAUUGAUCCACUGCCCGAAGAUCGAGUUGAGCCUGCCUCGCAGGGAGAAGUGCCAGGGAUCCUGAAAAUCUACGGAGGCGACAUCUCCACAGGUGCCAACUACAAGAGUGUGCUGGCCACAGCGCGCUCCACUGCCCGGCAGCUGGUGCAGGAAGCGCUUGAGCGCUACGGCGUGGCGCAGGCUAAUGCCGAAGAUGCGUAUGUCUUAUGUGACGUGGUUGGCAAUGUCCAUGGCACAGAUGGCUCCUGGCAGGCCCAGUAUCUCCGUGCAGUAGGCGAUUCUGAACGCCCGCUCGUGCUGCAGGAUGUGUGGAAACCCAAGACCGGCUGCACACGCCGUUUUGAGAUCCGCCGACGAUGUGAUGUGGAGAGGAUGGCAGAAGGCGAAGAUGGCGAUGGGUCUGGUAUCUCCCAGGCCCGUCGGCAGCAAUCUCGCCGCUCUCGGGCCGCCUCAGGAGGCCAUGUGGCCCCCAAAGAGAGGGCGGACAACCUUUCCCUCCGUCGCAGCAUCAGCGAGAUGAAUCUCAGCACAAAACGCCGCAGGGACCGCAAAGGAGUGCUGAGCAUGGCGGUUGGGGAACCACAGGAAGCGGCUGAGGAGUCACGACUGAAGGCAGCAGAGGGGGCCGAGGGCACAUCGACUCCUCCAGCAUCUGAAGCAGAGGCCAUGGAUGUGGCCAACUUGGAGCAGCUCUCCCAGUGCCUCAUACAACCACCAACAGAGCACCCCUAUUUCCUACAGUUGCUGGGCUACAAUGAAAAGCAGGAGUUUGUAAUCCACGUGAUGACACGCCGCCGACACAUUUUCGGCCGCCCUGAGCGCUGCCCGGCUCCGGACCAAUCCAACUAUGUGGACACGUUCCUGAGCGCCCCAGACAUCCUCCCGCGCCACUGCUGUGUUGUGUCUUCGGUGCCCCCCGCAGACCCCAGCCAGCCCCGGGGCUCGGCCAUGGUGCGGCCCUUCCGGGGAGCGUUGAUAACCCACAACGGCGCCCCACUCCAUCGCCAGGUGGAGCUGGCUCCCGGAGACUUGCUGGGAAUGGGGCAGCACUUCCUCUUCAUGUACAAGGACCCGCGAGCUGCAGCUGCGCCUCCGGCCUGGCUGCCCAAGGCCUGGGUGUCCCCAGGGUUGGUGGGGGCCUUGGCGUGCCAGGCCUGCGGCCGUUCCCUGCAGGAGCGGCAGGAAGCUUUCCGGGCCUACCUCAAGAGCCGAGAACCUCAGCUGCGCUACCGGCCCCAGGAGCAGGAGGCCCUUUUGGCUGAGAUUGUGAGGCUGCAGGAGGCGCCAAACUGCAGGUUGGGCCCUGCCUUCCUCUUUGGGCUCUGCCUGGAACACGCUGCCCGGGAGCUGGAACCAGGACACCUCCCCAGGUUGAUAGCUAGAAUCGCUCAGCUGGUCAAGGAGGCUGUUUGGGAGAAGAUAAAAGAGAUUGGAGAUAGACAGCCGGAAAACCAGCAGGACAAAGGAGAAUUGGGAAAUCUCAGCAUCGAGGAAGUGGCUGCCGACUUGCGCCCCCUGAUGCUCUGGAUGGCCAACGCGAUGGAGCUGCUCAGCCUCGUGCAGAAAAGAGUCCUGGACAUUGAGAAGGACCUGGACUUGGAGGGAGCUUCCCACAAUGCAUUGCUCUCCAGUGACCUGGAGACCUGUGAUGAGGCAAUGGCGGUCUUGGACGAAGUCAUCAUGUCCACAUUUCAGCAGUCUGUGUACUACCUCACUAAGACUCUCUACUCGGCUCUUCCUGCCUUGCUAGACAGUAACCCCUUCACGGCCACAGCUGACCUGUCCCACGUGCCGGAGCUCAGCAGCAUGCCAGAAGGAAUCCAGGGGACCCUUGCCAUCUACCAGGCCACGCUGGAGUUGACCCGUGACUGUGACCUGCACCCUGACCUUGUCUCGCAGACCUUUGGAUAUCUCUUUUUCUUCUCCAAUGCCUCGCUCUUUAACACUCUCAUGGAGAGAGGCAGUUCCCACCAGUCCUUAUUCCAGUGGGCCAAGGCGGUGCAGAUCCGAACCAACCUGGACCUGGUGCUGGACUGGCUACAAGGGGUGGGCCUGGGGGACAUUGCAACGGAAUUCUUCCGCAAGCUCAGCACCACGGCCAACUUACUGUGUGUGCCCAAAACCAGCUUGCUUCAGACAUCCUGGUCUCGCCUGAGAAAUGACUAUCCGGCACUGACCCCGGCUCAGCUCCAUCAUGUGCUCACAAAUUACCAGCUGGGACCUGGGCGAGUGUCUCCUGAAUGCUGGAGCCCACCUGAAAAGGAAAGAGAUGAGAUUGCACACAGUGACAUAUUUGAGAGUUUCACAGACCACCCUCCCCUGAUCCUUCCAUGUGAUGGUUUCCGCUUGCGCCUCUCAGAGCCUGUGUCAGACGACACCCUCCAUCGCCAACUCAUACGCCUGCGACGUUUCCUCUGGGAGCUGGAGCGCGAAUCUCUUCCAGCCAACCAAAGGGCAGUGUACGGGCUGGAUCCCAGCCAAUGA